CCUAUGACAUUUUGAACCUGUGAUUUUUUUGCACAACACAACGGAGGAAAUGGCUAUCUGGGCUAAGACGGUACCAAGGUGUUGACAGUAAUUACAAAGGUGUCGACUGUUAUCACGGAGGAAGCGGAUGGCACGAAAUCGUGCCUCGCUCGGAGGAAUGACUCUCCUUCUGAUCAUCUGACUUUGACCUUUUUGGUCUCCUCCAGAUCCAGUGACCUUGACCUUUGGGAUUUGGAAAGUAUUCACCAUGCAUCGUUGGUUGACACGGAAAUUGUGCCAUCAAAAGCGUAUCAUCAUCAUUGGUGGAUUUUUGAUAGUUAUUUUUCUCAUCAUACAGUGUUUCAAUCAUUUCGCAGUCUCCAGAAACAGGGAAUGCUGGUUGGACCAGCAGCAGUCCAGUGUCAAGGCUACGAAAAAUGUACCAUUGGAAGUCUCCACGUUGUUUAUAAAUACAACUUCCGAGUCCACCACUACGGUGACACCACCUGUAUCCUUGCCGGAGGGACAAGAAACCAUCGAUUACAUCGCAGAAUAUCUCCUGGUCAAGUUUGAAGUUUGUGAGAAUACCCCACAUUAUUCCAUCCAAGCUAUCAGCCUCACCAACACUGGAAUAGCUGUAGUAAAGGGAGGUAACUGGCAGAUCUAUUUUAACCAUCUCUACAAAAUGAUGCACGAGAUUGGAGGUGUGCCGCCGGAAGGUCAUGUGAUCAGUGAUUCCGGCUUCAGAUUAUUCCAUGUCAAAGGAAGUCUAUACAGAAUACAGCCCGAACCUGAUUUUUGUCUACCACUGUAUCCAACACAGACUCGAAUCCUCACUUUGACAGGAAACUUUCAACAAGUCUCUAAAACUGAUUCUUUUCCUAACUGGUAUGUGACUUCGCCGGACUCUAAACCACAGAUACUUCAAUGUACCAGGGGGGAAACUCUCGACUUCGUGGAUAGCUACAAUCGCUCGUCACUGCAGUGGCGUCGUGACUCCAAUGACCAGAAUGACCCCUACACUGCCCAAGUAAGGUUCAAUAUGUAUGCGAAUAUGUUGCAUGACACUGGGCGUGCUGGGAAUCUGGUGUUGCCGACACCAGAGGAGGCGAACAUUGAUGUGAAUACCUUGUUAAGCAUUAAUCCGAAGGAAUGGGUGAUCAUCAGUAACACGGAAUUUACAUCUGAGGCAAAAUUUCUUGCAGAACGUUGUCCGAUACAGUUUUCCUACAACUUACCAAAGAGACGCUACAUCUAUCUGACCAAGCGGCCUUCCAACAUGAACCUUACCAGCGAGGAGUACAUUCUAACUGUGGAGCCGGCUACGGAAAUAAUACAAGUUUUUGCCGACGGAAAGGCAGGAGCUUUCUAUGGUGUUCAGACCAUUUUGUCUCUCCUACAGAAAGAUGCCGAUAACUUGGUAAUACCCAAGACACAAAUCAGAGACAAACCAAGAUUUCCGUACAGGGGAGUCCAACUAGAUGUCUCCCGGAACUUCCACUCCAAGGAAACUGUCAUGAAACUCUUGGAUACCAUGGCAAUGUAUAAAUUGAAUAAACUUCAUUUUCACCUGAGCGAUGAUGAAGGCUGGAGGCUGGAGAUUGCUGGUUUGGAGGAACUUACACAGGUUGGCAGUCGACGUUGUCAUGACCCGAGUGAAAAAUCAUGCCUUCUUCCUCAACACGGCUCUGGACCCCACACAACCUCCUCUGGCUCCGGAUACUACACUGCUAAAGAUUACCAAGAAAUUCUAAUGUUUGCACAAAGGAGGCACAUCCAAGUGAUUCCGGAGUUUGACGUCCCAGGGCACUCUCGAGCAGCGGUUAAGUCGAUGGAGGCACGCCAUAAAAAGUUUCGCUCCCCGGACGAGGAAAGUGCCGAGGAGUUUCUACUUACAGAAUGGGCAGAUAAAUCUAAAUAUAGUACAGCACAGUCGUAUGACGACGGCGUAAUCAACGUGUGUAUUGAGUCUACGUACAUUUUUCUCCAGCACCUGAUCGCCUCAGUGAAGGACCUACAUCGUGAAGUCCAGCCUUUGGAUGUCUUCCACCUUGGCGGUGAUGAGAUAGCUGGUGGCGUCUGGCAGAAUUCCCCAGCCUGUAAGACGCUAAGAGAGGAACGCAACAUCACAGACUUCCGCUUCUUUUUCAUGCAUCGGGCUAUAAAACUGCUCCAGGAUCAGGGCUUGGCGGCCGGUGUGUGGGAAGAUGGAAUUAUACCCAAGGAUGUUUAUCCCUAUAGCCUAAAAAAUCUCAGAGACAAACCGACCAACAGUGACCUGACAGGAGAAAACUCGACCACUCAGGAGAGGGAGAUCUACGCUUAUGCCUGGAACAAUAUAUGGGAAUACGGCAGAGCUUCAAGGGCCAUAACUCUAGCCAAUGCUGGUUAUAAGGUUGUCAUGGCUCAGGCGACACAUUUGUAUUUAGACCACCCUUACGAACCUGACCCACUAGAGCGAGGUUUAUACUGGGCGACCCGCUACAUCGACACUCGGAAAAUCUUUGCAUUUAUUCCCCUACAUCUUUUCCUCAAUGCGGAUGUCACAGGAAGAGGGAUGUCACUAGUGAACACUUCCGAGGAACAGAUGGGAUGUCUACAUAAAGAGACAUGUGUGCUGAAGUCGCCAGAAAAUAUCAUGGGUUUGGAAGGUAAUUUGUGGACGGAAACAAUACGGACUCGGGACCAAUUACAGAGCAUGGCCUUCCCACGUCUCCUGGCAAUGGCGGAAAGAGCUUGGCAUAAGGCACCAUGGGAAGACAUUUUGGAUAAGAAGGAACGUCAAGUUAGUCUAGAAGCUGAUUGGAUAAAAUUUUCAAAUACACUUGGUUACCGGGAGUUGAAGCGAUUGGAUGAUAUGGGAGUGAAGUAUCGCGUGCCGCCUCCCGGGGCUGUAAUUGUGAAUAACGAGUUGAGAGUAAACUGUCUAUAUCCUGGACUUGAGAUACAGUACAGCUCGGACGGAGGCAAAACCUGGACCACAGCAAAAGGAGGGGUUGGACGACAGAGCAACACCAGUAAAAAACCAAUCAAGAUUUAUACUGACCGUCACAUACUAGUACGGACAGUGUCCGCAGACAGACGGCGCUACAGUCGAAUAAUCUCCGUCAACAUCAAUAAAGACAUCUAGAUGUGACACUGUGUCUAUAAGUAUGAGUAAUUACUACAGAGUCACAAAGUGUCACCACAUUUGAUUACUUUAGGGUCAAGAGGUCAUGAUCUUUAAUUACGUCACGGUCAAGAGGUUAUCACCUUUGAUUACAUCACGGUCAAGAGGUCAUCACCUUUGAUUAUGUCAUGGUCAAGAGGUUAUCACCUCUGAUUACGUCACCGUCAAGAGGUCAUCACCUUUGAUUACGUCAGGGUCAAGAGGUCAUCACCUUUGAUUACUGCAGGGGUCAAUGUGUCUUACCUUUUCUGUGUGAGUUAUCCAACUAAGAGGAACUCAUGUUGAAAGGGAAAAAAAAAACACACAUGGAGGCUUUCAUGUAGCUUCUACAAGGGGGUGCAUGUCAAGCUUUUACAAGGGGGUGCAUGUCAAGCUUUUACAAGGGGGUGCAUGUCAAGCUUUUACAAGGAAGCAUGAAGCUUCUAUCAGGCGCAACCAUGUCCUUUCUCCCUAUGCUCAUGUAGCCUAAUUCUUCCAGGUGAUAUUUUUAAAGCUUUACCAGGAGGCUUUCUAGUGUCACCAAUGUAACUUGUAUCAGGGAGCGUUUAUAUAGUGAAGGAGUGCUCCUUUAGAUUCUGCAAGGGCGCGCUCAUGUAGCUUUUAUGCGUGGUCGGUGGCACAGUCGUAACAAACUUGCCUUUCACAUAGAUGGCCAAGGUACAAUCCCCAAUCAAGGUGAAAAGGUAUAGGAUCACCUGCCCGUAUAUUAUACCAGAGGACACUCAUUAAGCUUUACAAGGGAGAGCGGGGGGACUCAUUUAGCUUCACCGGGGGCACUCAUUUAUCUUUGUCAGGGCGCACUCAAUUAGCAUUAGCUUCACUGGA